CAGACAAUAGGUAGAUAGAAGUAAAAAAACAUUGAGAAAUAGGAGAAUUCGACUUGUACUGGUGAACCCCUCCCCUGCGUGUUAAUUUAUUGUUGAGAAAGCGUGAAAGAGGUUUGAAAUGUGGAAGUGGAGAGCAGCAAAUUGUAAUAAUAAUAAAGGCAAAAGCAGGCAUGGCAUCCACAAGCACAAGCACAGAUACCCAAACAAAUUGUAAAGUAAAGAAAGAGUGGCGGCAAUGGCAUGGCAAUUGCAAUUGGAAAAGUAAAGAAUGGAAUCAAAUCAAAGGAAUAAGAAUAGUAACUGGGCUGCUGCACAUAUGAUUUGGACAAGUUUGGAAUUUUGAGGGAGGCUCCUCUGCCCUUUUUACCUUUUCCCCCCCACCCUCUUGACUUGCUCUGUAAGUUUUCCUUCCCUCACGUUCAUAAAACUGAAAAUGAUGUGGUGUGUGAAGGGUGGAAUUCGCUGAAAUCAUCAAUGGAUGAUCUUGUGCAUCCGAGAAGGCGCAGGAGAAAUGAGUUGCAGAAGGUGGAGAAGGAGGGCAAGCUGCCGGGUAUUAUUUUGAAAGGCCUGUUCUUGGCCCUGGCUGUAGCCCUGAUGCCCGUGCUUCACAAGCAGAGCCCACAGUUGAUGGCGGGGUACGCGAACCAUUCCACAAUAGCGCGGAGCUGGGAGCUGAUCAAUCUGGUCGUCAUCGGACUGGCCAUUUCUUACGGCUUUAUCUCUCGACGCCAUAACCCUACUGAGAAUAAUGCCAACGACAGAGCUGUUGCAGCGCAGGGAGCGCAGAAUUACGUUCAGAAGAUUUUCGAUUUCGCGGAGGUAUUUGACAAUUUCUGCCUUCCCGCUGAGAAGGUGGAGGCCUGGAGCUCCAGAUGGCAGCCUCAAGAGCCGCUCGUCGUCAUUGGGACCGACGACAAGGAGAAACCCCUCCUCCUUCCGAUCAGAAGCCUCAAAUCCAGUCUGUCCAAUCCGGAGGUGUUUGAUUUUCUCGAGGAUCCUGACUUCCCGAGUUCGAAACCUGAUCCCACGGCAGCAGCUGUCGAGGAGAGUGGGAAACCGCCAGAGGUAAGAAACGGUACCAUUCUGUCUGUUGAAUCUGGUAAUUUUGAUGAGGAACUUAGUAAUGUAAUUGCGAACGAGGAGGAGCCUGCGGUUUUCCCCUCACCGAUUCCAUGGGCUUCAAGGCUUGAUGUAUUAAAUAACAAGGAAGCCCGUCCUCUGGUCCCAGCCGUGGUCAAUUUGGCGUCAGAUGACGGAAAAAUUGAUCCUCCUGCCAUUCCUUCUCCAAUCCCCUGGCGUUCACGUCCCGAUCGUGAUCACGACGGGAAACAAAAAAUUGGCACGGAAAAUGGAGAUGUUUCAGAGAGUAAACCCCCAUUGCCACCUCCUCCUCAGAGACCCCCGCCGCCCCGCCCUGAAACGCCGAAGAAAUCUAUAGAGAGGGGUGUCUCACCUUCACCUUCACCAUCAUCCUCCCCUCCCCGCCCCCGUUCUUUGGUUUUUGCAAAUGGCGGUUCUCAGAAAAACAUGCAGGCCUCAUCUGGGAUUCCUCUCCAGAAAUUUCCAUCUCCAAGGCCUUCUCCUUCACCUCCUCACCCUCGUUCUGUGGAGCUCACAAAUGACAAUUCUCAGAAAAACUUGCAAGCCUCACCUGGGAUCCCUCUCCAGAAGUUGGCAUCUCCAAGGCCUUCUCCAUCACCUCCUCAUCCAGUCUUCCUUGAAAACGGAUCCUCUCAGAAGAACCCUAAUCCCAAACUCCAGAACAGCAAUGAAGCUGCACAGGCAGAAGGGAACAAUUCAGCCAAGGAUCCCACUGCUUCUGCUGCUCCAUCGUUUCCGACAGUGGCUGAAAAUGGAUCAUCGGAGAAGCACCAUAUAAAUGGGUAUUUAUCGAUCCCCAAAUCUCCCCAACAUACAGCUGUUCCUCCUGUUUCACAAGAGUUUCCGCAUCCGGAGGAACGAUUGGAAAAUUCUCCAGCUUACACAAGUAACUCAAGAAGCAAAAGCGGCGAUGAUAGAAGUUAUUUGAGGGGCAAAGACAGAGAAUGUUCAUCUAGUAGAAGUAAUUCAAGGAGCAAAUUUAGAGAGACUUCAUCUGAUUCGAGCAAAAAUGGCAGAGACUGUGCAGAAGCUGCACGUGCAAGCAGAAUGUUGCCAUCUCCUCGUCCACCUCUUCCAACACCUCAAGCGUCAUCGUAUCCCGAUGAGUCAACAUCCAUAUCCGCUCCUCUUCCACCUCCACCACCAUAUUCUGAUGAUGAGUUAAGUUAUGAAAAUACAACUUCUUCAUCUGAGGUGUUAUAUCAAAUGGAAGAUUCAGUUUCAGAGUCAGAGGAGGAAGUUGAUAAAAAGGCUGAUCAAUUCAUUGCUAAAUUUCAUGAACAAAUCAGACUGCAAAGGGUCGAGUCCAUGAGGCGAUCGCAAGAGCGCCAUGAGAGGAAAGGUGAUCAAUAGGCAAGGUUUGCAGGGUGCCCCAAUUAGUUUACUGUUUCAACUUUCUACAAAACUUGCACAUGUUAAGUGUUUUUUUGGCUACGUUUUGUAGAGUGUUCUGUUUGUGCAGAGGAGUUACAAGCGAUUCAAACAAGAGGUUUGGUGCAAAGUUUGGACUAGAAUAUGCAAGUGUAUGUACUGUGAAACUAUUAACAAUGUGUGUAAUUAGUGUAAGGAUCAUUUGAGAGACUCACCAUUAUCUGUGUGCAACAUUAACUUCCUUUGUAUGGAGAGGCUGAUGCCAUCUGAAUUGUCUGUUUGCCUCAGCGCUUCUUUGUAAUUAUGUUUGCCAAACUUGUUUGCUUUGUUAUUACACAGAUUUCAGUCGAGCAAAACAGAUAAGAAGUAAGCUCCUAAAUGAUCAUUUUUUAUCUUUAUUUUAUUAGAUGGUUAGACAUGGAUUGUUACAGAGCUGUUAUUUUUAUCGUUUUAAUGAGAUUACUGGCAAUAACAUCCGAUUUGUCAGUGUUUUUUUUCUUUUUUAAA